AUGGAAGACGUCGGCGAGCCAGCCUUCCGGACAGUCAUUACAGCCCAUUUCCACUCCUGUCUCGAGCCCAUCGGGAUCGCAGCCCGUGUUGACCUCGUCGACGUCCCCGGUGUCUCCGGUGUCCAGCCCAUCAGGAUCGCAACCCGUGUCGAGUCCUUCUGUAUCGCAGCCGGCCUCGAGCCCUUCUGCAUCGAAAUCUCCGGUGUCCCCGGUGUCGAGCCCAUCAGGAUCGCAACCGGUCUCGAGCCCUUCUGCCUCGCAACCGGUGUCGAGUCCCUCUGCCUCGCAACCGGUGUCGAGUCCCUCUGCAUCGAAAUCUCCGGUGUCCCCGGUGUCGAGCCCAUCAGGAUCGCAACCGGUGUCAAGCCCUUCUGCAUCGAAAUCUCCUGUCUCGAGCCCAUCAGGGUCGCAACCCGUGUCGAGCCCUUCUGCAUCGAAGUCUCCUGUCUCGAGCCCAUCAGGGUCGCAACCCGUGUCGAGCCCUUCUGCAUCGAAGUCUCCUGUCUCGAGCCCAUCAGGGUCGCAACCCGUGUCGAGCCCUUCUGCAUCGAAGUCUCCUGUCUCGAGCCCAUCAGGGUCGCAACCCGUGUCGAGCCCUUCUGCAUCGAAAUCUCCUGUCUCGAGCCCUCCUGCGUCGCAACCGGUGUCGAGCCCUUCUGCAUCGAAGUCUCCUGUCUCGAGCCCGUCAGGGUCGCAACCCGUGUCGAGCCCUUCUGCAUCGAAGUCUCCGGUGUCGAGUCCCUCAGCAUCGAAACCUCCGGUGUCAAGUCCAUCGGGGUCGCAACCGGUGUCGAGUCCUUCAGCAUCGAAGUCUCCUGUUUCAAGGCCAUCAGGGUCGCAACCCGUGUCGACCCCGUCGAAAGCUCCGGUGUCGAGCCCUUCUGCAUCACGACCUCCUGUGUCUACGCCAACGCGCCGACCGAGCGCUCCGCCUUCGUCGCCAACCGGAAGGCCUUCCUUUCCGCCUACUCGCUCGGGAAGCUUCCCGCCGUCAAAGCACACCAAGCAUACCGAGCACACCAAGCACACCAAGCACACCAAGAAGCCAUCAACUUCAUCGAGUAG